CAGAAAGACUGGAGAGCCCCCACUAAUAAAUGGCUGGAUUCCUUACCUUGGGAAAGCUUUGAUUUUUAGAAAAGAUGCUUACAAAUUCUUGCUGGAUCAGCAAAAGAAAUUUGGAGAUAUUUUCACUGUACAUAUUGCUGGUGAGAAAUAUUUUAGUAGAUAUAUUACCUUUAUCAUGGACCCAUUUCAAUACGUCUAUGUCAUCCGAAAUAGCAAGCAACUUGAAUUUCAUGAAUUCGCUAAUAAAAUGGCAUCCAAAACUUUUGACUACCCAGCCUUGUCAAAGGGAAAAUUCCCUGAGCUCAAGGAAAACCUGCACAGAAUCUACCAGUAUCUACAAGGCAAGCCUUUGGAUAUCAUUUCUGACCACAUGAUGAAAAAUCUCCAGGAUAUAUUUGAAUGGAAAUGCUCACAAGCAACAGAUUGGGAAACAGAAAAAAUGUACAAAUUCUGCUGCUCUGUAAUGUUUGAAGCCAGUUUUGUAACACUAUAUGGAAGAGUUCCUGCUGCAGAUGGCCACAAAGUUAUUAGUGAAAUCAGAGACAAAUUUAUCAAGUUUGAUGCCAGCUUUCCCUAUUUAGCUGCAAACAUACCAAUUGAGUUGCUAGGAGCUACCAAGAAGGUUCGGAAGGAGCUUAUACAUCAUUUUUUACUUCAGAACAUGACAAAAUGGCUGGGAGGGUCAAAAGUGGUCCAAGCCAGACAAGAUAUAUUUGAGAAAUAUGAGCUGCUUGGAGAUUAUGACAAAGCAGCACAUCAUUUUGCCUUCCUGUGGGCCUCUGUGGGAAACACGAUUCCAGCUACAUUCUGGGCCAUGUAUUAUCUUCUGCGGCACCCAGAAGCUCUUGCAGCGGUGCGUGACGAGAUUGACCAUUUGCUGCAGUCAACAGGUCAAAAGAGAGGGCCCACAUAUAACAUCCACCUCACCAGAGAACAAUUGGACAACCUGGUCUACCUAGAGAGUGCCUUAAACGAGAGUUUAAGAAUGUGCUCGUCCUCCAUGAACAUCCGCAUCAGCCAGGAGGAUUUUGUUCUCAAGCUUGAAGGGAAUCAAGAAGUCGUUUUGAGGAAAGGAGACUGGAUAGCCCUUUACCCGCAGAUUUUGCACAUGGACCCUGAGGUCUAUGAAGAUCCGAAGGAGUAUAAGUUCGAUCGAUACAUAGAGAAUGGCAAGAAGAAAACCACGUUCUACAAGGCAGGAAGAAAACUGAAGUAUUUCCUAAUGCCCUUUGGCUCUGGGAUCAGCAUGUGUCCAGGGAGGUUCCUCGCAAUGAACGAGAUGAAGAUGUUUCUUUUCAUACUAUUGUCUCAUUUUGAUGUAGAACUAGCAGAAAACAAAGCUGUCAGACUUGAUAACAGUCGCAUGGGCCUUGGUAUCCUCCUGCCAGACGUUGAUAUUGCCUUUCGUUACAAGCUAAGGUCCUUAAGAAAUUGAGCAGCUGCCUAUAUGCUUUCCACUAAUCUCCAUGUUCGCUCUGUUUCAUCACUCAGCUUUAUGUUUUUGGAAACAUUUGCUUUUCCCUCUCUGCUUUUACCUCCUUCCUCUUUGUUUCUAAGGAGAAAAGCCACUGUGCUGGAGGUAGAGACCAGAUGCAGGGACGUGCAACCUCAAUUUGUCCUGCUUGAGUUGUGAGAAGUGAGGUGACAUGACAAGAGCCUGGCCAAGUAAAUAGCCCAGCAUCCCUACAGGGUGCAUCCCCACACUCUUGGCCAUGAGAUGAGCAGGAUUUACAGGGAGGAUGAAUCCAGGCCACUUACAUGGGAAAUGGGCUCAGCAGCUCUCUGUCACAGGGUUAGACUGGGAGGUUCCAUACACCCAUCAUCAUCUAGAGGAAUAGCAGCAUCUGCUCAUAGAAGCAUAAUAACAAAAAAGGGGGAACUUAUUUCUAGAAGAUGAGAGAAUUUAAUGUGAUUAUUAUCCUAACUUUAUAUUUACUUCUUUCAUGGCCUUGAGAGUCUUAGCCCUUUAUUUGGGAGAUGUGAUGGAAGUUGUGUAGGGUGGUGGAGGUUGAUUUGCAAGAAUGUCUUACUGACAACACAGUUCUAACUUCAGGUUUAUGUACUGAUGGUGAAUAUUUUGCUUCCUUGCUCCUUUCCCUUUUUUUUUUUUUUUUUUUUUUUUUUUUU